AUGAAUACGGGGGAAGCGAAGCUGGAGCUUAGAUUUAUUACGCCUGAAGUACAAAUUGUGAAGCCUGAGGUAUAUAUAAACAAGUUUGUCUAUGGGAAAAGCAAUUUGUACGAUAACUACGUCGGGAAGGUGAUACUACUUGUCGGCGCAACAGGAGCGGGGAAAAGUACGUUGGUCAACGCAAUGCUGAAUCACAUUAAACGCGUCAAAUUGGAGGACAAUUACAGAUACGAACUCAUAAAAGAAGCGGAAGACCAGGACAAAAGUCAGACCGAAUAUAUCACAUCCUACACAUUCCAUCCUGAUAGUUCUUCUCAGAUCAAGGAUACAAUCACUAUCAUAGACACUCCUGGAUUUGCCGAUACAAAGGGAAUCGAGGCAGACAAGUAUGUCUUCAAGAAACUCCAAGAUUUUUUUCUGUUGCUAGACGACUUCAGCAUCAACGAAGUUCAUCUCAUUGGCAUAGUUGUACCAAAUUCUCGAGUCAGAUUGGAUGCCACUGAGAAAUAUAUCUACAAUCAAAUCCUGUCAUUGUUUGGAAAAGAUGUUUCCAAAAAUGUCUCAUUGUUGGUGACACACAUGGACCUAAGCAAGGAACCGAAGCAAGUGCUUCAUGCAGCAAUAACUGCAAAUAUUCCUGUGAGUGGAUGGUAUGGCUUCAAUAACGGGUACUUGUUUGAGGAUCCACCUGAAGAUGAAGAGGACAGAAGCUUCGUUCAACUGGAGCAUUUGGAAUGCCUCCUAAAAGAAAAUAAUAAAGGCAAGGAGAAGAAAGAAAAUGUUAAGAUGCCAAUGGAGGUGAUCAUGAAAGACUUUGCACAAGAGGCAAUGCAAGUCCACCGGUUGAUCUGUGAAGUUCAUGCCUGCCUCGUCAAACUAUACAAAAUUGCUCUGAAGAAGGAUGCGCCUGAUAUCAUCGAAUACAUCGAACUUCUCAUCCAACGUGAAGAGACGACGUCCCACCCUGGUCACCUGCAGCGCCUCAAACACCUUCAAGAGAUCAGAGAGGUAGCCGAGUAUUUGAAGGAAAUGCAGUAUGGAAGAGGAUUCUUCCCAUUUGAAGAAAAACUCAAAUUACUGGACAAGAAAGGAUUCAGGCUCGUCACAAGUGGGGAUGGCUUCCACAUGGAAUUCCACAGGAAAGGCUGGCUUAAAAGGUUGUUGAGUCGACCUUCCACCCUGUUGAAAUAAAAGUAGCAGUCUCG